AUGACUCAACUACGACUACGCAUCGAGGGACAGUCAUUCCGAGAUCCCCAGAAUCGAGAAGUCACUCUAAGGGGGAUCAAUGUGGCGGGUGACGCAAAAUAUCCUAAAGUACCAAAUCUAGGAUCCCAUGAUCCGGAGGAUUUCUUCAACGCAGAUAAUGUCUCGUUUGUUGGACGGCCAUUCUCUCUAGAGCAUGCUGAUGCCCACUUCCAGCGACUGCGAAAGUGGGGAUAUAAUGCCAUUCGAUAUAUCUUCACUUGGGAGGCCAUCGAGCACGCUGGCCCCGGUGUUUACGAUGAGGAUUGGGUGGAUUUCACGAUUCAAAUAUUGUGCAUCGCAAAGAGGUAUCAGUUCUACAUCUUUAUGGAUCCGCAUCAAGACGUGUGGUCCCGACUGUCAGGGGGAUCAGGCGCACCUGCAUGGACCUUUUACGCAGCCGGACUGAACCCACGAUCUUUUAAGAAUACGGAAGCCGCCCUCUCGCAUCAUACAGCAGAAAGUCCUGCCGACUUCCCCAAGAUGCUCUGGUGCACAAAUUACUCAAGAUUAGCCUGCCAGACUAUGUUCACUUUGUUUUGGGCUGGCCGAGAAUUUGCGCCAAAGGCAAUCAUUGAUAAUAUGAAUAUCCAGGACUUUUUACAAGGCCACUUUAUUGCGGCGUGCAAACAUCUCGCACAGAGAAUCCACGAUGCAGGGGGGCUCGAACACGACGUGGUUAUCGGGUGGGAAAGCUUGAACGAACCUCAUAGAGGACUUAUUGGUAUCCAUGAUAUCUCGAAAGUUCCACAGGAGCAGCAUCUUCAGCUCGGGACAUCCCCGACCGCAUUUCAGGGCAUGCUUCUUGGUGCCGGGAGGAGCUGUGAAGUGAGUACAUGGCGAUUUGGAAGGCUUGGACCACGAAAAACUGGUAAGAAGCUUAUUGACCCGAAGAGCGAGUCGACAUGGCUACAAUCUGAGUGCAUCCAAUACGGCUGGCAGCGAGAUCCGAAUUGGAAACUCGGUACCUGCCUCUGGGCGCAGCAUGGGGUUUGGGAUCCGACCAACAAUAUUCUGUUACAAAAGGGCUACUUUUCAAAGAUUCCCCGCUCUCACGAAAGGCUAGAUUAUGAAAGGUUCACCAAUACCUAUUUUCUCGCACACUACAGAGCCUACCGCGAUGCAAUUCGCAGUGUAUGUGAGGGCACUAUCAUGUUCUGCCAACCUCCCGUCAUGGAAGUACCACCGUGCAUCAAAGGCACCCCCGAUGAUGAUCCGAAUAUGGUACAUGCUGUCCACUUUUAUGAUGGUCUAACACUUUUGAGAAAGCACUGGAGUUGCCUUUUCAAUAUCGAUGUCAUUGGCGUACUUCGGGGCAGGCACGCCUUGACGGCGUUGGCGGUCAAACUUGGCGAGAAGUCUAUUAGGAAUGGAUUGCGAAAUCAGCUUGCAUUCAUCCGUGACGAAAGUUUACAGAACGUUGGAAGUCAUCCUUUAAUUUUUACAGAGAUUGGAAUUCCAUUUGACCUCGACAACAAGCAUGCAUAUGCGACUGGCGACUACAGGAGUCAAAUCAAAGCAAUGGACGCCAACCAUUUUGCUUUGGAAGGAAGCAACGCCAAUGGAUUUACCUUGUGGGCGUACGUGACAGAGAAUGAUCACGCAUGUGGCGAUCAAUGGAAUGGUGAAGACUUUUCAAUUUUCUCACUAGAUGAUUUGGAGUUGCCGGAGAAAACCACUUCGAGUUCCACGAGUUCAUUUUAUCUGACUCACUCUGACGGUCUUAUCACUGUGAAAAGUACGAAAGCCAACACGUAUGUCGAAAAUAUUGUGCCCUUGGGGUACACAUCAAGUGAUUGUGAUCAUUCUGAGGAAGUGAUUACUCAGAGGCGAGGCUAUCGCGCAGCAGAGGCAUACCUUCGCCCUAGUCCCAUCUGUGUAAAAGGCCAAUUGGACAGCUAUGGCUUCGAUUUGAAGAAAUGCACGUUCACUAUGACCAUGGCUGCGCAGGCCACGGAGCGCCAUUCUCCAAGUGAGAUUUAUCUUCCCUAUUUUCAUUUCGCAAAAGGGAAUAUCGCAGUCAUGGUAAGUGAAGGUAAGUGGGAUAUUGUCGAACAAGAAGUCAAUGGUCUCAGGAUACAAUGUCUUUUAUGGUGGCAUGAUCAAGGGAAGGUGGAAAUCAAAGUCAAAGGGAAUCAUCUGAGCCCAAAGAAACUGGGUAUUGGCUGUUAA